CAUAUCUUGGAGUGAGGUGAUAAAACUUUUAACUCAACCAUGAUUAAGUGGGAACAACACGGGUUGAGGAACCACUAUAUAAUCAACAGAGCUGCGGCUCUUCUUAGAAAUAGAAAACGAUGUCCAAAAAUGAUCGGAGAAACAAUCCGACUAAAUCCUACUAUCAGAAUCCCGUCAGGGGACACACUGGACUAUUCGACGGAUAGCUUCGCAUCCUUCAGCUUCAACCGCAGCAAUGCACCCAAUAGUCCCUGUCCCGUCGAUUACCUCGCGUCUCUCCACCGUUGCCUACCGUCAAAUGACUACGAGUCAGACUCGCUGAAUGAGGAUUCGGACUUUCCUGUCGAUGCAUUCUCAUGCGACAAUUUCCGUUUGUACGAGUUUAAGGUGAGGCGGUGCGCUCGUGGAAGGUCACAUGACUGGACCGAGUGUCCGUACGCACACCCGGGUGAGAAGGCCCGACGAAGGGACCCCAGGAAGUUUCAUUACUCUGGAACUGCUUGCCCCGACUUUCGCAAUGGAAACUGUGAAAGAGGAGAUUCCUGUGAGUUUGCUCACGGCGUUUUCGAGUGCUGGCUCCACCCUGCUCGUUAUCGUACUCAGCCUUGCAAGGACGGUAACAGUUGUAAAAGAAGGGUUUGCUUUUUCGCUCACACGCCGGAGCAGCUUCGGGUGUUUCCACAGUACCGUUCGACAGAAAAUGGAUCCGGUUCAGGUUAUUUAGAUCAUUUUGGUUCGCCCAUUGGGCUCCGUCUGGAGUUUGGUUCUUCACCAACUUCCAUUCUGGCUUCGCCUCCUUUAUCCCCACCUUCUGAAUCACCUCUCACGUCACCCAGUGGCUCAUUUAACUUGGUGAGUGAACUUUCUGCUUCUGUGCGAAAUCUGCAACUUGGCAAGUCCAAAAUGAGUGGUGCUUGUUCCUGGGGACUGCAAAUGGAAUCGGGACUCGGUUCUCCUCGUGGCUCCACAUUCCGAGCCGGUUUUUCCAGCUCUCCAUCAACUCCUGCUCAGACACCAACUCGGUCUAGCUUUGGUCACUUCGACAUCUGGGAAUGCAACGCUGACGAAGAGGAACCUGCAAUGGAGAGAGUGGAAUCUGGGAGAAACCUAAGGGCAAGUAUGUAUGCAAAGCUGAGCAAAGAAAAUUCUCUCGACCGUCUUGAGCCAACUGGGUCGGGUCCUGAUGUUGGAUGAGUAUCCGAGUUGGUAAAGUGAAGCUGUUUCUUCGGAAAGGAUUGGAUACUUGGCAUCUAUUUUGAGUUAUUUUCUGAAAUUUAAACUAAAUCAAGUGGCUUUUGAUUCUUCCGACUUUUUGUGAAUAUCGAUGAUGCAUCUGAUUUGAACAUUUGGCAUUGUAAAUAUACAACGGGAAAAGGGAGAUGGAAGAAGUCUUUUUUGUGUGGUGCGAAUGCCUCUUUUAUUCGAGAUUGUUCAUGGAACAAAAGAAUUUCAUGUUUUGUAUUGA